UUCAGCUCCUCCUCCUCCUCCUUUCUCCGCCAUGCCGUUAUCGGCGACUCUCUCUUCCCCCUCACUCUCUUAUUUCCCCCAAGCACACCACCACCACCAACAACAACUCCAUCUCCCUCACACUCUCAAUCCAUACCUCAAACCUAAAACACUGACACUUCAAUUUCAAUGCCCCCAAGCCUCCAGACGACCCCCAAAUUACCCUCAGGGCGGCAGUGCCGAUAGUCUCGCCGACGACCCCCGCAAUUGGGGCCGUUCGAUCAACUCCGAGGUCGAUAGGCGCUAUGAUUUCGAAGACGACGAUGACGACAACGAAGAUGAGGAGGACGAUGAAGAAGAAGACCGGAGUUUGGAUUUGUUGGUGAGAUUUGUUCAGAAUGUGUUCAAAAAGGUGUCCAGGCGAGCCCGGAGGGCCGUCCGAUCGGUUCUCCCCGUCUCAAUUCCCACCAAUUUGGUGGGAUUUUCUGUUAAUGGAGUGCUAAUGCUAGCAUUCUUAUGGGUCUUGAAGGCAUUUCUUGAGGUAGUUUGCACCCUUGGAAGUCUAGUGUUCUUAAGCAUCUUACUCAUCCGUGGGAUCUGGACUGGAGUAGCCUAUUAUCAAGAUAACCGCAAUCAGAAGUACCGGAAUUUUGAAGACGACAACCGUCCAUGGGCCGGCGCACAGCCUGUAACCUGAGACUUACUAUUCAGAGAGACCCGCUGAAUUAUAAUUUCACACCAGAAUAGGAGUAUACAAUAAAGUAGGAACACUUGACAAAUCAAAGGGAUGAUGAGAAGAUAGCAUAAAAAUUUGUUUUCCCAUAACCAUUUGUUCUGGCCUUCAAGGAGUUAUACAUAUGAUGCAUCUUCCUGCCUGAACAGAUUAACAAGAUAUUCUUGCACUUGUAUUAUACACAGGUACAACAACGCCUUAUCUCACUAAGUAAGGUCAACUGUAUGAAUCUUAGAAUGUCAUUGAGCUCCAUUUUGUGCCAAGUCUUUUGUUAGAUCCAAGUACUCCAAGUCUUUUUUUAGAGUCUAUUUUCAAUCUUCUUCUGUCUCUUUGGCCCUGAGCUUUUGUCUUGUAAUCGUAUAUGUUCUGUCAAAAUUCAAAAUUUCCA